CCAGCCUUCAACAAACAGCUGGUGGCUGUUGUGCUUGUGAGUUGUGAUGGUUCUUUGCAUUCUUGGUCAGGUUAAUUUCAGAUUAUUAGGUAGUUGUGAAGAAUUUUGUUUGGUAUGUACUGUUGAUGUGUAAAUGUUUAAGUUUAGUAUUUUUUAAAGUGAUUAUCAGUAAUAUUUUUAAUGUUGUAUGUGAAUUUUAUUUUUGAAUAUGGCUAAAUUGACCGAAGAAAUGGUUCAUGCUAGAACCCGCCAGUCAAAUUUAUCUGCAGUAUCAAAGUUAAACUGCUGGGGCAGUGAGUUGCAAGAUGUCUCUCUUGUCAGGAAACUACCCAAUGUGGAAACUCUUUCGUUAAGUGUGAACCGAAUAAGAAGCCUAUCAGAUUUUCAACACUGCAAGAAGCUGAAGCAUCUAUUUGUUCGCAAGAAUGACAUCCGAGACCUGAACCAAAUCUGUUACCUGCAACGCUUGCCAGCGUUGUCAACACUUUGGCUGGCAGAAAAUCCGUGUGCAAGCAGUCCUGGAUAUCGGUUAGCUGUACUAAAAGCUCUACCAAACUUGGAGAAGUUGGAUGAUGUGGCAGUGACUGCAGAGGAGCGUACAGAGGCGCAACGACAAGGCACGUACCUUCCACAUCCUGACCAUGCUGAUUCCUACAUAGAGCCUGCUGACAACGAUGUGGAACCCAUAGUGCCUGGAUAUCCUGAGGAAGAUACGGAAGAACAGUAUGUUACAAGAUCCAACCACUACGGACAGAGUGAUUAUGGACAGAGUGACUACGGACGUCAGUUCCAGAGGAAUGACUACAGCCCAGAGCUGGCCUCUCCUGCGCAUACAAGUUACAUCCGUAAUGCAGGCAACAACUAUCAUCAGGAUGAGGACCACCUAGCAGACGAUGACUCACCGCCACGAUCCCUUAAACAGGAAGAGGAUGCUGAGGAUAUUUUGCCUAGAGCCAGUCUCACCAGGAGUCGAACGGAGUCCCUGCCUCGACUGUCCAGGCUGGAGGCAGAAGAUCCUGAGGACUAUCCUCGCACUGUGCAUGGCACUCAACGCUGCCGACUGGACUCCAUGCCGCGUGCUAUGCGCCAAGACUUGGAGGACUUGGAUUGCUCCCAACCUCGCAGCAGUUUAACACGCAGCCGAACUGUGGAUAUGCUGGGAGGACACCAUGCUGGCAGCCUUAGUUCACUGCAUGAGCGGGAGCGUGAGAGAGAGAGGUCUCGCCAGAAGUCCUGUGACAUGUAUGUGUCGAGGCCUCUACAGCAGCCUGCCAGGCCUAGAAAUAUAAAUGUCCUGAAUGCCGUUCUGUGCCUCAUUAAGGAACUGGAACUACAAGACCUGGAGCUGGUAGCGAUGAGUGUUAACUGUCGCAUUGACGAGCUGCGCAUCUAGUGGGCGCUCGGUCUGUACUUGUACUUGUACUCUAGCUGUGAUUAGGCUGGGCCUCUUGUAGUAUCUGCAGGUAAUUCCUCACUUAAUGUAAAGACUGAUAAUGGCUCAUUCAGAAACUGACAAAAGUCAACACACACUCCUACACACCGGUUCACUGUUACUGAACAAUGCUUAGCCUGUUGUAUUCCUUCAAGUUUUAAGUAUUUUUAAAGUAUUGCUAGUUUUUAUAAAAAUUUUAUUGUGUGGUAUAACUGUUUUGAAUCUUUAAUUGGUGUUUGUUAGUUUGUUGGGCUGGUUUAAAAUUAUUUUGGCAUACAACAAAUAAUGCUUUAAAAAUGAAAAUUAUAGAUUUGUUCAGAAGAGCAUUACAACGUAAAUAAUCACAAUUUAAGCAGAAACUGUUGUAUUCGAUUGAGGGUGUUUGUUUUUUCUUGUAAUAAAUGCAAGGGAGAGUGUUCUUGGACUUUCUAAAGGAGUUUUAAAAUCUAUUUUAAAAAAAAAUAUAAGUAUUUUUCAACCACUCAAAGAAUAACAUUGGUAUUUAUUCAUUUAGUUAAAUUUUAGUUUUUACUCCAUAAAAAAUGUUCAGCAUUUGAUGUCAUUAGCUAAAACAAAAUAACAAUCCCUCUUUAAUCCCUCUAAAUCACCAUCAUUACUUUUUCUUUUUAGAUGAAAUAUAAAAAUUAAAUUUCAUGAUUAGUUUCUAUGGUAAAUAGCUCAAAACCGGUUUACAUAUUACAUUCAUAUACUGUAUAGACCAUCAUUCCUAUAAAAUAGGAAAUUAACUUUAAACUAGCCCAACUAACUUAAAAAAAUCAUAUAGGUAACAAAUUUGAAAUGAUGUACUUCAUUAAGUAUGAUGCAUUUAAAUUCCUCACCAUUUUUAUGAUGAAUAUUUCACAUUUACUCUGUCACGAGGUAAGUUUUAUAAAAUUAAAUUGAAUAGUUAUACUUGGACAGAAAAUGUGCUAAAAUUGUAACUAUUAAUUGCUUUAAAUUUGUAAUUUAAAUAGAUUUAAAGCACUGUGUAUUUAUAUAUUUAUCCAUUAAAUAAAUAGAUUGCAUUGUUAAUUAGUUGUUAAUCUGAUUUAUUCCUGUGUCAGUUUUAGUUGCUUGACUUAAAACAAAUAUUUUUCUUACCAUAGAUGUGUGUAAAUUUAGUAAAUGGAAAGAUACUUACAUUGUUUCUGAACUUAAAGGACGUGUAUUCUGUAUUAUUGACUGAACUCAAGGGGGCUGUAUUCUGUAUUGUUGACUGAGCUCGAGGGAGCUGUAUUCUGUAUUAUAGUCAGAUCAAAGCAAAAAUAGCCACUAACUGCCAAUAGCAAGUAGGUGUACUUCUUUCUAUACCUAGAGUAGAAUAUAAUGAUUGUUUACUGUUUUAACACUGCAUAGAAUUUAACAUCAAAACUGUAACACAUUUGUCAUUCUAGACUGAAUACUGGAACAAUUUCUUAAACCACAACAUUUUCACAGUAGCGAUGUUGAUAAAUAGCUGGGAAUUAAAAUGCUGUCGUUGUAGGGCAUAUUGUCAUUAUUUUGCUAUAGAACUGUUAUUGAAUAUUUUAAUAUGUUGGAUAUUGAUGAUGAGAACUAAGCAAUAGCACUUUGUUUUAAGUGCCGCUAUAACAUGUAGUAAAUGAAUCGUUGGAUUAAAAAACUGUCAUGAUAGAUUGUAUGAUAGAUUGUAUGAAGGUUGUAUGAAUAUUGAGUGAAUGACAAUUGUAGUCGAGUUACAUUAAAAUAAUGUAUCUAAGGAAAAGAUUGGGUUUAAAGUACAAAAUUAUUUAUAGUAAAAAAUUCUGUUGAAUAGAAAAGGUUUUUAUAAAAUCUUAAAGUUAUAUGGAUUCUCAAAACAGGCAGUUAGUGGCCUUGUAGGCUUUGAAAAUGUAAAAUGUGCUCCGCUUUCAAGCUGUAAGGUGCAGUACUUUACAUUGAACAGUUGACAGUUUAACUUUACAUUUUAAUAAAAAUAACAAACUAACAUCAAUAACAUAUAAAGAAAACCAGUUUUACUAUUUAAAAUUGUCUUGACUUAAAUAUAAUUAGGAAAGCUAGAGAAAAGGGUUAUUAGUUACUAGAAGAAACUUGACUUACUGUACUUACAUUUUUAAGUUUAAGUAGAGUCUUAUUCUUUUGUUAAUUUGAUUUUAGAUUACAAAAAUUCAAAUAAUUUAAAACACUAACAAAUAUUUUACGGAUCGUUGCGCACUUGCAGUCUGGCAUAAAAAAUGUACAGUACUGUCACCUUAUUAUAGAAUAACCUCUUUUUGUAACAGAAAAUAAACUCUACUUUUAAUAGUAAGCAAUUGUAAAGUAAGUAAAUUGUUUACAAGAUUUCAAACUACAAAAAGGGUUAUUUGUUUUCAGCACACAAGACAACUAAACCGACUAUUUUAAUUUGGUGUUCAAUGGUCAUCAAUAUUUUCAAUUGCUACAUUUUUAUUUUAAAAAAUCUUCAAUUCCAGGAUUAUCUGUACAAAGUUUCAAAGUUAAACCAUUAAAACCACCAUUUAUUUGUUUUAGUUUUAAACCAUUUUUCAUAUCACUGUAUGAGAUUAUAUGAUUAUCAUGGAAUUCUCUAAUCACACAUACUAACAUAAAUAUUACAAUAUAUUUUGUAUCAAUGAGCUAAUGACCGUUUAAUGAGCUAAUGUAUGUUAACACACCAUCUACAUGCUGAUACAGUUAUUUCAACUAGUAGUGCCUUGCAAUCUAAUUCAAGGUUACAAAAUACUUUGCUUGUUAUUAUUAAUUUAUCGUUGAUUAGACUGUUAAGUUUCAAAAUUUCUUUCUGGAACACUAUUUUUAUUAGUUUUGAGAGUGGCUUGCUAAAAAAAAUAUUCCUAUAGCUGUAUGUGUAUAAAAAGAGUAGUUUAUUUAUCUGCAUGUUCUGAUGGAUAUUUUUUAGCGAAUCAAAUCAUUGUACAACAAAUCAUAACAGUCUUAAAAUUUGCUUUUCUUCUAGUUGUAUAUUACUGUAUCAUCAUUGCUAAUUGUUCAUUUCGAUGUCUCCAUUGAGCUGUUAAGUUCCUUUAAAUACAGUAAAGUCUUGCUAAUCGAAACCUGAUAAGCUAGGAUGCUUUCCAGAUCCACAAAUUUCCGUUUCAAACAAAAUCCAUUUUAAAACGUCUGUAAAUAUGUUUAAAUGAUCAAUACUAUUAAAAACUAUAUUUUACGGUAAGACUUUUUAAUCCCAACAAUGUAAUGUGUACCUUUAUAACAUUGACUGGAAAUAACUGAAUUGAAUAAAAAACACUGUUAAAUUUAUUUAACAAAAGUCAAAAAAGUCUUUUCUCAAAAAGAAUUUUGAAAAGUCUCGUUACAGCUGAUGCUAUAGUCAACUAUCAACUGACUAGUGAGUCAUCCCUUACAAUUGUUUUCUAACUGAUGUUUUUAGUUUUAAUAUUGGGCAUACUGUUUAGUAUAUAAAGUGUAUUUGGAUCCAUCCAGUUGAUUAGAUCCGGAUUAGUAAGACUCCAUUGGAAAUAGACCAUGCUCAUUUCAUAACACAAUUUAAACAGAAAGGUUUUAUAAAUAGUAGGUUGUUUAUUAUUGUAAUCAUAGGAAUUUAUUCACAAUGUAUAUAAUGUCAAAAGGGAUCAACGAUAAAUAUGGAAGAUUCUUCUGUUUUUAGCUUUCUUACAAAGUAAACCAUAUUCAUCAAACGUAAGUUAUAUGAAAUAAAAUUAGUGUGUGGAGAAACUCUUCAUAAAAUAAUGUAUUUUACCUGUAAAUACCUGAGAGGUAUCAAAAAGUAUUCAUUAAAGUAUUAGGUUUAAAAUUAUCAGUAUCAUGUGCUAUGUCCUUUGUAAUAUUUCAGAGAAACUGUGCAAAUUUCAUAUUAGAGGUUUUUAAUGAUAAUAUAAGAUAACACUGAGUUUUAAUUAUAUACAGUUUAAACUAUAUUACCUUAUUUGUUAUAACCUAUCGAGUUUUAAUUUGAAACUUAAUUGUUUUGUUUUACAUAUUUUAAAUAUGCUUAUUGUAAAAAAUAACUGUUAUUUUUACCUUUGAAAAAUGUGCAUUGACACAUGAUUUUCAGCAUUCAGUCACAUUUAACUCAUUCUCUAACAAAAAGUUGAGCAAGAGUGGUGCCACUGUUAUUGAAAUGUCACAAAUAUACUCAUUUUGAUAUUUGGUGUUUAGAAUGUUAAAACUGCUUGAAAAAUGGCUUCAGUUUGUGAUGUUAUGUUGUUAUAAAGUUGGUAAAUAUUGUGGACCUGCUUAGUUCAGUCACUGCGUUUUCUCCCUAAAUUGUCUAUUGUAUAAGUUUAAGUUACUUUACAAUUGUAAAUAUUGAAGUAGGAAAAAUAUAUUUGUGCAAUAUACUUUCAUAGAAGAACCAUACUUUGACGUUUAGUUAGGCAUUUAAUGGAACAUGUUAACCCUUUUAGGUCCAGAUAAAAAAUUACAAGCCAUAACAUUGUAUUCAUGUUAUUUUUCAUUGUAGUGAAAAACUGCUCACUGGUAUACCAAACAUUUUGUAAGGAUUUAAAAAAUGUAUAAUAUUUAAAUGUUUAUUGUAUACCAAAUUGUUGAAAAUAAAUACAACUUUCCUUAUAAACAACCUGUAAAAACAUGUUUAAUUUGUAUAAAUUAAGUACAAUUUAUUAAUUAAUGUGUUAAUAAUGUUUGAUUAAUUUACUUGUAAAAUAAAAACAAAAAACCAUUCAUAAAAACUGAUGAAAGUAUGAAUUGUGUUACCAUUGGAGACUGCAUAGUAUGGUGUUGCAUAUUCUUGCCUGUUUUACUACCAAAUUUGAUGUAUAUUAAUAUAUAAAAAUUAAAAUCUCAUCAAUUUAUUAAUAUAAUAACACAGGUUACAUUAAAAUCAAUUAUUACAAAACAACAUACAGUAUAUGGAUCAAAGGUGGUUAAAAUAUAAUGUUUAAUGAUUAUUUUCAUCAACUAUGUUGUUUGAUUUAAAAAUUAUACGUAUAUAAUAUUUAUAUUUGGAAUUUUGGCUGAUGUUAAGGUAGUAAAAGACAUGGUGACUACUACUUGGUCAUAAAAGGGUUAAAUGGUCACUCAGUUUACAACUGAAAGUCUUUACGCAUGAUGAAAGUGGAUUAAUUUAUUAAUUGUGUAAGAACCAAUCGUAACAAUGUUCAUUAUGACAUUCCUUGUGCUUUGUACAGUAAGUAUUGUUAAGUCGUUUACUGUUUUGAUGUGUUAAAGAAAUCCUCUAUUCUUGUUGCUGCCAACGAUUUUUUUAAGCUCAACAAUCCUUUUUACUUUGUUGCCUUUUUAAGUAAUUAUUUGUUCCUAUUAAAACUUGUUAUGUAGAUAUGUAUUGUUGUGCUACUUCCUGUAUUUUAAUCCUUUAAAUCUACACAAGUAUUGUAAUCCUUUCAAAAUUACGUAUGAAUAAUACAGCUGGAGAAUCUGAUCUUGAUAGAAGUAAUUGAAUAAUUUCACAUUGUUUUUAGGUCCAUUAAAUUACAAUUUAAACCUGCUCAAUUGAGGAAUGGCUUGGUUUGAACCGUAUCAAAUCUCAGCCCAAUUGUUUCUAUUCGUGGGUUACAUAACGGAAACAUAGUAUUCCUUAAAUCUUUGUAUUUGAGUUAGGCAAAAAGAUUAACAGCAACUAAAGCCAAAAUGUUGUAAUUUAAUUUUUCAUUCCAGUUGGUUUUUAGAGUCUGAUAAAACAUAUUAAACCACAACAAACUUGGCCAAAUUCAUAUCCAAGUGGACUACUAUCUGCAAGUGGAUUGACUGUGUUGUGGUUUAUACGUGGGAUGAUUAAAAGUAGAAAAGAUUACAUCAACAAUAUAUUAAAUUUAUUUCCUGGAAUGAACUUUGUUGUACCUAGAGAAUCAUUCUAUUACAAGUGCAUGUAACGUUUUGUGAUAAUGAAUUUGAUAUCAGAUGAUGCAGGGCAAUGUAUUUGUGUGACGUAUAGGCAUUAACGGUGGUGUACACCUAGAACUGGUACUUUCACUAUAUAUAGGGCAUCUAAAUUUUCUAUCAAACCUCUCUAUGAAUGGUCCUUGUAAGUUACAUUGCAUGUCCAUCAUUUUGUAUUAAUCACAUUUUCUUUACAUUUACGCAUUAAUUCUUUAAAUUUUUAGUUUAUAUUUUGUAAUUCAAAUUUUUGUCAACUAUUCUGUUCAACUUUAGAUUCUUACUUGCGCGGUAGUACUUGGAGUUAUUUCUGUUUAUCCUAAAGUGUUGGGUUUUUAAGACGCCAGCCUGACUCAGACUCUAAGAAGCAAACUGGAACUGGUAUUGUUGUGUGACAUUUACUUAAUUUAUCAAUAACAUAAAAUGAUAGUGUAUUUUAACGAAUAAUGUGUUGUUUUAUGUGUUAUUAUUGCAUUGAUAUGAGUAAUGAGGUUAAAUUUAAGAAAGGGCCAUGAGGCCCUAAUUUCACCUCAAAUAAAGAAAUAUUUAAUGUAAUUAUUUCAAUAACUUUGACUAAAUUCAGUCUUCUUUGUAAAAAUGUAUAUAAAAAUAAUAUUAAUUUAAUUUGUAACUUUUAUUAUGAUUUAAAGGAUUAUAAAUCAGAAAUAUAUUAGCAGUUGUUGAUUGAGUGGAAUUGUGUUGAUUUGUUAUUGUUUUGUAGGGUCCAGUAUUAUCGUUGUGGUUGUUUUUGCAUGUAUUUGAGACGAACAAUGCAAUUUUUUUUAGAUGUUUAUAGAUAGAACAAUAUCCGAACUGUUAAAAUACAAGGAUGGUGCAUGUUGUUAAACAAGAAUACGUCUGGUAUUGUGAUUUUAGUUUAUCAAAGGUUGUACUUAAAUACUGAAUGGAAUUCCCUGAUAAUAAACUGAAAUUUGUUUUUAUCAAAGACCUUUAAUUUCAAUUUUAUGAAUGUAACAAAUGAUAGAAUAGCUUUUUUUUGUACUGUAUGUUAAAUAAAAUAAUUAUACUAAUAAUAACUAAAAUACAAAUAUAUAUUGAUUAUUAAUUGUCAAAUAAAACAUUAAACCAUUUUGUAUGUUAUCGAUUAUUUAGAAUAAUUUAUUGUAAAUCAAAAUAAAUACUGACAUAAGAUGUCUCUUGUGAUUUCAAAUUAACUAAAAUAUUUUGAUUAAACUGAAAGCAUUGUUUUAAAAACUA